CCAAACAAAGUAUUCCUACUCUCUCUCUCUCUCUCUCUCUCUCUCUCUCUCUCUCUACAUAGAUAUAUAUAUAGAUAUAUAUAUAUAUAUAUAUAAAUAUAUACUACCACCCCUCCCUUUCCAUCCCCUUUCUCACUCUCUCUACACAAAAAUAUGAAAGAAUUGCAGUACAUCUUCAGAAACCCCUCUUGAACUUUUAGUGUGCUCUCCUUUUCAUUUCAUUAGGGUAAUUCCUUGACCCUUAUCAUCACCAGCUGUUUGUUUAUUGCACAGUUCGGUUAGCACAUAGAAAGGGGAGAGAAACUGAGAGUGGUAUAGAGAGAGAGAAAGAGGAUAGAGAGGGGAUGGGUUAGGCCAAGAUUUAGGGGGUGUGAUGGGAGAUGUAGGGGUGAAUGGCAGGGCCUUUUGUGGGCAGAGGCAGCAGUUUCAGGUUUCAGAGUGGUGGCAGCAGAAGCAGCAGAUUCAGAGGCAAAGGGAGAAGAAGAGCAGCGAGGAAAUCAUUACUCCUAGUACAACCCAAUAACAAAAAGUGCUCCCAAUCAAAAGCUGGAACAAGGAAAUCAACACAAGGGUCUGAGUCUGGAUCCUCAGAGGAACCCUCCUCCUCCUCCUCAUCUUCCAAUUCAAAACCAACAAAACCAAAAUCAAGAAAAAGAGCAGCAAUACCUUCACCAAUUCCAGCACCGAAACCCACAGCAGCAGCAGCAGCAGCUGCUUUUGUACGGUAGAUUAGACACCCAAAACCAACCACCACCACAACCUCCAACAACAAAUCAGCCGAAGAAGAAACGCUCGUACUUGCAGCCUUCCACGUCGCUGGGGCAAAACGUCGAACAUGUGCCAGGCAGAAUGGGAGAGACCCAACAACAACAACAACAAAACCCAAGACCCCAAAAGGGCCUGAGGCACUCGGGCGGGGAGAUCGUGGAAGUGCAGGGCGGCCACAUUGUCCGGUCCACCGGCCGGAAAGACCGCCACAGCAAAGUAUGCACCGCGAAGGGGCCGAGAGACCGCCGCGUGCGCCUCUCGGCCCACACCGCGAUCCAGUUCUACGACGUCCAGGACCGGCUGGGCUACGACAGGCCCAGCAAGGCCGUCGACUGGCUCAUCAAGAAGGCCAAGUCCGCCAUAGACGAGCUCGACGAGCUCCCCGCGUGGGACCCAACCUCCUCGGGCUGGGUCUCACAGAAUGCCAACCCCAAGCGCGCGGCCUUUUCAGGUUCUUCACAACAUGAUUUGCUUCAAAUGAAUGAACAACAUGAUUUGCUUCAAAUGGGUGGUAAUAGCAACAACGGGAGUGGCGGUAGCAAUACCGGUAACUCGAGUUUUUUACCGCCGUCGAUGGAUUCUGACUCUAUUGCAGACACCAUUAAGUCUUUCUUCCCGAUGGGCGGGUCGUCGUCGUCGGCGGCGGCGGCGGCGGCUGUGGGGAAUAACAAUGCAUCGUCGUUUCAUAACAGCUUCGCCCCGCCGCCGCCGCAGGAUCUGAGGCUUUCGCUUCAGUCUUUUGACGACCACCCAAUUCUCAUCCACCCCCACGCGCCGCCGCAGCAGCAGCAGCAGGCCGACCUUUUCAAUGCGGGAUUAGGGUUUGAUGUUUCUUGGUCGGAGCACCAGAGAAUGGUGGCGUGGAAUUCUACCGCCGGCGGCAGUGAUGGUGGCGUUGGAGGGUUUGCGUUCAACGCGCCGCCGUUGCUGCAGUCGUUGUUGGUGGGCCAUAACCAAAGCAACAAUAGCCACCAGAACGGCAACAACAACAACCAGUUUGUUUCUUUAUCAUCACAGAGGGGACCCCUUCAGUCCAGUAACACCCCAUCGAUUCGUGCUUGGAUAGACCCGUCUUUAGAUCACCACCAACACUACCAGUACUACCACCAGAACCUGCCCGUUUAUCCGACCUCGUUCGGAGGCGGCGGAUUCUCCGGGUUUCACAUUCCAGCACGAAUCCAGGGUGAACAAGAGGAACAUGACGGCGUUUCCGACAAGCCGUCCUCUGCUUCCUCCGAUUCUACUCGCCAUUGAUAUGAUGACCUCAUGACCCAAUUCCCAUCUCUCUUGCAGGGAUUACUCCAGUGUCUUCACUGGAACAACCAAGAAUUAGCUGUAAUCAUCACUGUAGAAAGGUGGCGAGAGAAAGGGAGAUUUUGGUCUGUUCAAUCCAGUGGCUGCUACCGAGGGAAGAAGAAAUCUGAGCUUAAUUUCAGGUUUUUCGAUCCCAGUUUGCUUACUAUUUAAGAUGCUAUUUAUGUUCUACUUUGAUGAUGUUAAGUGUGCUCUUUGAGCUCAACUUUGUAAACGCUUUAUGUUUGAUUUGCUUUGUGUUGCUGUCGCUGGACUUUUAUGCUACCACUGUUUGUUAAACUCUCAAACUCUUGCCUUUUAGGAACUUCUAAAAAAGAGCUUGUUUUGUUA